AUGUGCCAGAUAUGGGACAUUGAAAUAGAUGGGAAACAACUGGCAAGACCCUUUGCUGCUCCAUUGCUAUUGCUAAAUAGUGGUCCAAGAGUAGCCCGAAACUUGCGCCCAAUUUCCCACCAGACAGAUAAAAAGAAUCUGGAACCCAAGCAUAUUCUAACAGAGUGCACGCCCCUGAAGAGCCUGAACGCCCGCGACCGGAGCGAGGUGUGCCAGGCCCUGAGCGUGGACCUGCCCCUCCACGUGGCCCUCGCCCUCCCGCUCGAUGACACCUACUGGAGGCGCCGCUGCAACGCCCACUGCCCGCCGCCGUACAUCUCCCUUCACGGUCGCCGCCCUCGCCUGCGGGAAGGUGGUGCGGGAGCGGUCCCUGACGCCGCAGACGCCCGGACGAGGAAGGGUCAGUCUCCCACAUCCAGAGGGACGCCCACCACGCCCACCACGCCCACCCGCACCUCCAACUUGCCGCCCGUGAAUGUGCUGAAGGAGGAGGGCGGAUGGCGGAGGUCGUACCUGGAGGCCUUCUUGGCCAAAACCCUCAGCACAACCCCGGAGUCCAAGCGCGGCUGGAAGGCCCUGGGGCCCCUGGUCAAGCUGUGCGCCCCCCACGUCCAGCGCCUCCACGUGGCCAGCCUCGCGCCGUCGCCCCCGACCAAGGAGAAGGGAGGUGACAUUGCUGACAGUGCCCGUGGGAGUCGCGAUCAUAUCAACCUGGCGGAGGUCAUUUCAGCUCUGCCGAAUUUGAAGAGACUGAGCAUCCGGUUCCAGGUCGUGGUCGAGGGAGGCGACCUGUCUUGGCCUGACCACGGAGCCUCCCCCCAAGAUAUCGAGUCGCUCUCUCAUGCCGCGGCGGACACCACCAUCACCCACUUGUGCGUUUAUGAGAGCUGCCUGGACGACGAGCGCGCAGAGUCCUUGCUGGCCGGCCUCAAGAAGCACCCCGCCUUGACCUGUGUUGACCUGCGACAUAACACGAUUUCUUGCAUCUCGGCGCCCCACAUCUGUGAUGUCAUUGACUCCACUUCCCUCACGGAACUCUAUCUCCAGCAUAACCAGAUUGGGCCCAAGGGAGCGAAACUCCUCGGGAAGGCCCUGGCCAAGAGCCCUGCCCUCGAGACCCUUGUGCUGGACCUGAACCCUGUGGGCGGCGCGGGCGGCGCGGCAGUCCUCCGCGGCGCCGUGGAGGGAGGGAGGCUCAAGGUCCUGUCCCUCGCUGGCUGCCGCCUCACCGACGAGUGCUGGGGGCCGCUCGUGCAGGUCCUCACCAGCCUGCCCUGCUGCCGAUACGUGUGUCUGGCCGCCAAUCCCUUUAGCCAGAAACCGCCUCCUGAUGUACUGUCAGCAGCCGAGGAAGCAACCUCUGGGGCCCGCGUUCUGCUGACAAACCUAGACGGAACAACCUACUUACUGGGCUACGUGCGAGGCGGUCGACGUCUGCCCUCCCCUCUGCAAAUUCUUCAUGACCAGAUAGACCACCCCAUUACUGUGGCUGCCUCACAAGAAGAUAUAGCUCACUACCUCCCUCUGCAUGGCCUCAGCCUUGAGCCCUGGGACUUCACUAUUGAAGAAGAGUUACAUGGCAUGUGCCUUUUUACUAAGAAUUCUGCUAAUAUCUUAUAAACUUAGGUAUCAUUAUGCUGGUAUUGUUUGUUGCAUUAAAUACAUAUAUCAUAUAUAUACACACAUGGAUAUUCAGAAAGGUAAAAAACAGGUUUCUUAAAGAAUAUAAUUUUUUGUUAAAGUGAUUUAAAACAUAUCUCGUGUGCAUACUCUCUCUCACAUAUACAUUGCAUUAUAUAAUCUCUAUCACUCAUCAAUCUCAGGAACACGUAAUUUGUAGCCGUUCAGUAAGAACAUACUUAUGAUGGGUGAUCAGUAAGACAGUUUUUCCAAUAAAAGGAAUUUGAGUAGUUGGAGUAUAAGAGACACAAGGACAAGAUAAACAAUCAAAAUAAAUUGAGAUAUAUUUCAAACCUUAAACAACCUUCACAGCAAUUCUUCAUAUUAAAAAUCAGUAUGUAUAACAACACUCACAUUUCAGUCGCAAGUAUGCAAUCAACAAUUACACCCAUGGCAGGAUACAAAAAUAAA